AAUCGAGUGAUUGUUCGGCAGCCCUAUUCCGGAGAAACCAUCACUGCUUUGAAAUUGGAUCAAUACCCAUAUUAUGUGGAAAAAGAAUGGUGGAAGAAAGGUAAAAGAAUGACGUUUUGGGCCACUUGGAGACAGCUGCGGGAUGUAAAUCGUCGAGAAGUGGUGCAAACAACAGGAGCCGACCGAAUGAGACUCAAAGCUUUAAAAGAGAACAACGUUUUACCGCAGGCUAUCCGGGAUGAAGCUGCUGAGAAUCUCCACAAUAUGCCUAAAUAUAGUAGGCCACGAUUAGUGCUUAACAUGUGUAUGUUCACGGGACGACAGAGAGGAAAGAUAAAGCCUUACCGACUGAACCGUCAUCUGUUUAGGAAAUACGCUGAUCACAGUCAGCUAAGUGGAGUACAGCGGGCUAUGUGGUGA